AUGUCGACCUUGGCACAUCGCUGCGCCUCUCAACCUCCACGGCCGAUUCCCUCCGCCGCCGUCAGGCUGCUCUCCUCGACCAGCGCGGCCAAGUCGCUCGGUAGCGGAACAGCGCAAGGCGAAGAUGCCACGGCACCAUCGGAAGCCUCGAUACCUCCGCCGCUCAAGGGCAUCCGCAUCCUCGACCUCACCAGAGUCCUCGCCGGACCUUACUGCACCAUGCUGCUGGCCGACCUGGGCGCCGACGUCAUCAAGGUCGAGCAUCCAAAGGGCGGCGACGACACGCGGUCUUGGGGCCCUCCCUUUGCGGAGCCCGAUGCCGAUAAGCCGCUCAAGGCACCCGAGGGCAAGGAAGACUACUGGAGCAGCCUGCCUCCCGAGUCGGCCUACUUCCUCAGCGUCAACCGCUCCAAGCGCAGCAUCACCGUCGACCUCAAGUCCAAGGAGGGCAAGCAGAUCCUCUACGACCUCGCCAAAAAGGCCGACGUCGUCGUGGAAAACUACCUCCCGGGAAAGCUGGCGUCCAUGGGCCUCGGGUACGACGACUUCAAGCGGGUCAAGCCCGACAUCAUCUAUGCAUCGCUGACCGGCUACGGCCAGACGGGGCCCUACUCUGCCAACGCCGGCUACGACGUCAUUGUCGCCGCCGAUGCGGGUCUGAUGCACAUCACCGGCGAGCCCGAUCGUCCGCCCGUCAAGGUGGGUGUCGCGCUGACCGACCUCACGACGGGCCUCUACGUCCACGGCGCCAUCAUGGCCGCCAUUAUCGGCCGAGCCCAGACGGGCCAGGGCGUCCACAUCGACGCGACACUGUUCGAGUCGCAGAUUGCUUCGCUCGCCAACAUCGCGAGCAACUACCUCAUCGCCGGACAGGAGGCCUCGCGGCACGGAGAUGCUCACCCGAGCAUCGCGCCCUACCAGACCUUCAGCGCCGCCGAUGGACGCAUCAUGGUGGGUGCUGGCAACGAUGGCCAGUUCAAGCUCCUGUGCGGCGUGCUGGGCCGGCCGGACCUGGCCGAGUCGCCGCUGUAUGCGACCAACCAAGCGCGAGUGGCCAACCGGGGCACGCUGAUCCCGCUGCUGGACCAGCUCUUCUCGACGCAGCCGAUCCAGCACUGGAUCGACGAGAUCAGGGGUCGCAUCCCCGCCGCGCCGAUCCGCAACAUCCGUGGCACGUUUGACGAGCAUCCGCAGGCCAAGGCGCGCAAGGUCGUGACGACGGUCGAGCAUCCGAGGGCCGGCAGCAUCAAGAUCCUCUCGCCCGCCGUGACGUACGGCAAGGGCAAGAUGAAGGUCACCCGCCCCCCGCCCGUGCUGGGCCAGCACACCGACGAGGUGCUCGAGCAGGAGCUCGGGCUCAGCAGGAAGGCGGUCGAGGAGCUCAGAAGGAAGGGUGCCAUCGGGCAGUGA